CGUGAAUAGUAGUUAUAUCAUACACUUUCUGUCAAACUGUCAAUCAAAGUGUUGUGUGUGAUAAUUUAUGACCCUCUGUGCUUCCCUGACUGGCAGGUCUGUAGGGGUGGUGAGGGGGGUAACCCUAUGGAGUUUAUCAGAUGGUCAAUCUGGCUCCUUUGUGUCUGGGGGUGUUGUGGAGAGGUGUGUGUUGGGGGGAAUAGUCCCCCUCCCGACAAAAGGUGUUUAUGUUAAUGAGUUUGGUUUUUGGUGGGAUGAAAUACGUCUGAAAAGAAAUAAUGUUUUUAAUAUGGGGCUGUGUUUGUGUUACUUUGUGGCGUUAUUUCGUUUGUGUAAACACAUUGUUAGAAAAGCAUGAUGUUUGAAUGUGUACAUAUAUGAGUAGAAUAUUUGUUUUGUGAAAUAAAUGAAAACAAUUGUUGAUUAUGUUUUUUAGGGAUCCCGUUUUACCUUUGAAUAAAAAGUUUAGGAGUUAAAGCGUCUUUUUUAGAAAAAAGAAUCUGUUUAAAAUAAUCGUUUGUAUUACAUACAUUCUAAACACAAACCUUCAGGAUGUAAAAAAUGAUCAAAAGAGAUGUUUAAAAAGAAUCCGUAUUACCAGGUUUCCCAAAAAACACAUAAAAACUUUAGGAGGUAAAAAUGGUUAAAAGAGCUGUUUAAAAAGAAUAGCGCGUAUUACACGACUUCUAAACAAAGAUCCUUACGAGGUAAAAAUGUUAAAGUGCUGGCUAAAAGAAUCUCCGUAAUGUUUAAACUAGGAGAGCAGUAUUUUCCAGAGAUGUCUUCCAGUCGCUGUGUUAAGCAGUAAUGAAGUUAAACGGAGACGCCUCACUCUCGCUAAACCCCGCCCACACAUACGUGUUUUCAGACACGCCUCUCUCUCUGUCUCUCUAAACACACCCAUUCACAUGUUUUCAACGUAGCCAGUACGUUCUGUCAAAAUGUCAAUCACGGCGGUAGAACUAGAGGGCUAAUUUAUGGCCUCGUCCAUGACAGGCCUGCGUUUCUCUAGGAGUGCUUAAUUUAUGGCUCUUUGUUUCUUCCUGACCAAAGAGUUUUUUAUGACUAGGGGGGUCGUGGUGUGAUCCUACAGAUUGUUUAUGAUAAUGAGUGUCUGCGGGGGUGUUAAUUGCUUUACGACACACCCUACAAUAGGUAUGCUUUAUGUUUAAAAGUACGGCCAGUUACGCAGAAGUCUCUAAGAUCGCGGCCGUGUAUCAGAGCGCUGUGUAAUUUUAGGCGAAUCGUCGAUUCUCGUUUUAACUCACCUUUAAAGCUUUAUAUAUUAUUUUUGAGAAUACUUCAAAGAGGAGAUGGCUGUCUGUCGCAACAGUGAUGAUGAUAUUGUGUCUAUCCCGGACAUCGUAGACGAAAUCAGGUUUCUGAACAAGGCAAGCGGGUCGAACACAGAAGUCCCGCGAGUCAGGUUUGAAAACCCCGUGCUGGGCUUGUCAAAUCUUGUAGACAAGAUCGCUGCACCCGAGUUCAAAAAUAGUGCUGCGGUCUCCACUGAACUCGGUAUACCAACGAACUCUGGAAAGGCCAAGCGUAAAACAGUCGCUCAGGUCCACAGCGCGGGUGUCGCUACGUCUAAACGUAAACGAUCAAGAUCUCCCCCACGAUCGACAGAAGAGUCAUCUGUGAAUGAACCGAGCGCUAUAGACUCGUGUUUGAAUUGGAAUCAGGAGCUGUUAGAUUCGUGGGACGCAUGUGUAUUUACCCCGGUUCCCGGAGACGAUCUGCCUUCAAACCAAGAAGCAUUUGGUCGCGAGGCUACUGAUGUUAUAGACAAUAACAGAGACUCGGCGGAGGUGAUACGAACCGGGUUCAAGGCCGUUGAGGAUCGUACUGCUGGUUUUGAAAAGACUUUUGCCAGCGUCACCGAGCGUCUGGACAUUAUAGAGAAGAAUCAGCGUCUUUAUAAUCAAAGUCUUGUGGAAACUUUACAAAACCAUACCAUCACACAUAAAAAAAUCAUAGCAACCCAGAGGCUUCUUGCUGGGGAGAUUCGUCGCGUUGAUCACAAUCAACACCUGACGGCGGAAUUGUUAAAACAGUUUGUACAGUUAGUUAAAAACAAGAAACUCGGGUGAGUUGUACAAUAAGUAUUUUAUAACCCCUGUGUGUGUGUGUGUGUGUGUGUGUGUGUGUGUGUGUGUGUGUGUGUGUGUGUGUGUGUGUGUGUGUGUGUGUGCGUUUAUUUGCUGGUGUGUAUCUGGUUUACGGUGUGUGAUUUUUACUAGUUUUUGUUUCAAUAAUAAAAAUGUCAAAGCGGUGUGGUGAAAACUCGUGUAAUCUGG